AAAAAAAUUAAUAUAUCUGAUUUAUUAAAUAAUUUUGUUCAAAAUGUUUCUGGAAAUUAUUUUUGGAAUGAAAACAUUAAAUUAUAUAAUGUGACAAUUUUAAAUAAACAAUUUAAAUUAGAAAAAAUACCUAUUAUUGAAGCAUUGAUGAUAUGUUUUCAAGAUAUAUAUUUUGAUUCUAAAAAGAUAUGGAAUCGAAUAUUUAAUUUUUCAUUUCCAUUAACAAUAAAAUCAUACAGAAUAAGUCAAAACAUUAAAAAUAUUCGAAAUAUUUUUAAACAAAUGGUUAAUGAUGAAAAUAAUAUAUUUAUUAAAUAUUUUAUUAAAGAAAAUACAAAAUAUAAACCAUCAUCAGAUAGUUUAUUGGAUGAUAUUAUAACAACAACAUCAUCAGGAUUAAAUAUAAUCAAAUUAAGUAUCAUGUCAAUUAUUUGGCAUUUAUAUGAUGAAAAAAAUAUUAAAUGGAAAAUUGAUAUUUUAAAGGAAAUUCAAAUGAUUAAAAAUAAUGAUUAUAGAAAAUUAGUAAAAUGUAAAAUUUUAAAUGCAUUUAUUUAUGAAGUGUUUAGAUAUGAAUCAUCCUUUUCUUUAUUAAAUAAUCAAGUGAUUAAUGAUUUUGAUUUGAACAUAAAUAAUAAUAUAUACAAAAUCAAAAAGGGUACUAUGAUAAUGUCUAAUGCAUAUGUAAUUCAUCAUAAUAAUUCAUCAUGGAAAGAAACUAAUAAUUUGAAUAUAUUUGAUCCAUCUAGAUUCAUUAAUAAUAAUCAUUUAAAAACAUAUUUUUAUAUUCCAUUUGGUAAAGGUAUUAGAGAAUGUCCUG